AUGCAAUCUUUCAAAUACGCUCUUUGUGCCUUAUUGGUGUUCUGUCUCACAAUCUCCUUCACAAAGGCUCAAAUUUCCAACAUGUACAAUGGUGCCUAUGGUUAUCAAGGUGGUGCAUCCAACAAUUAUGGUGUUGCUGGUGGUAACUACAACAAUUAUGGACAGAAUACCAUGGCCUACAGUAAUCAAGUAGCAGCAACCAAUUAUCAACCUUAUGCUGCUUAUGGAUCAUAUUACAGAGGUCCAACUGCUUAUAGUAGCAAUUAUGGCAAUUCAUACUCCAUGCCAUUCUAUGGAGGAUUCGGUGGCUUCCCAUGUUUUGGAUUCAACGCAAUGCCAUUCUAUGGAUUUGGAUAUGCUGGAAUGUGGGGUCGAGGAUUGUGGUGUUAA